AUGUUGUAUUGCUGGUCUUAUCGUCCCGCCCAGCGACCCAGUUUCUUGAAUCUACUCCAUCUACUCGCUCCUCGUUUUGCUGACGCUGAUUUCCGUCAAUCCAGUUACUUUUACGUUGGUGAUACCUUUACACAACAACCCCCACCCUACCAGGAAUUCGAAAAAUCUAUCAACGAUUCCUCAGCCGCUGCUGCAGCUGCAGUCAAUGCUGAGUUCGCAGAUCUCCCCACUCUCAUCAAGACUGUACUUGGCCCACCUCAUUGUGUUGGCGGUUCUGGUGGAAGUAACAGUCUCUCCGAAGACUUCCCUCAACUCACCAGCACAAAUCCUGGUACCGACACCAUAUCCACAUUGCAUUUUUACAGCUCUUCACCCCAACUUGAGGAAGUGAAGCAGGAAAUAACUAGUGAAAACUCUGAUGAAGAACUAAAUUCCAGUGUUGGUGCCCGGUGA